CAUCAUGAUGAUGUGGUCUAACUUCUUCAUGCAAGAGGAGGACCGCCGUCGAGCAGCUGUGGGACGGCGUCGUGCCCAGGGACAGCAGAAUCUUGGCUUGACUCCGGAACUCGAGGGCAAGAUCAAGCUAGUGUUGCUGUUGGCUGCCGUGGGUGCUACCCUGGCUGUGCUGUCGGUGGGCACCGAGUUCUGGGUGGAAUUUAAUACAUACAAGACCAACGGCAGCACCGUCUGUGAGGCUGCCCAUAUGGGGCUGUGGAAGGUGUGCAUCAAGCGACUGUGGCAGGCGGACGUGCCCGCGAGCAGGGAGACCUGUGGCCCGGCUGAGCUGCCAGGAGAAGCAAACUGCACCUACUUCAAAUUCUUCACCACAGGGGAGAAUGCACGCAUCUUCCAGCGAACCACCAAGAAAGAAGUAAACCUGGCAGCUGCCGUGAUAGCUGUACUGAGCCUGACAGCCAUGGCCUUGGGCUGCCUCUGUGUCAUCAUGGUGCUCAGCAAAGGUGCAGAGUUCCUGCUCCGCUUGGGAGCCGUCUGCUUUGGCCUCUCAGGCCUGCUGCUCUUGGUCAGCUUGGAGGUGUUCCGGCAUUCCGUUAGAGCCCUGCUUCAAGGAGCCAGCCCUGACACUCCCCCGGCUCCACGCCUGACCUAUGAGUAUUCCUGGUCCCUGGGGUGCAGUGUGGGUGCUGGCCUGAUUCUGCUGCUGGGGGGAGCCUGUUUCUUGCUGCUCUCCCUGCCUUCCUGGCCGUGGCGGUCACUGUGCCCCAAGCGGGGGGACCCAACCACCUAGAGCCCUAGAGCCCUGGCCUGCUUUCUGCAGGCAUCUGCCAAGCCUGCCUCAGCUUCCAUCUUUCUCCUCAAGACUUUCCAUCUCUCUUCUAGAGAGACUGUUCUUCCCACUCUGGGGGUCCAUUUUACAAAACAUCUUGGCCCCUCAUUUUCUCUCUGUAAAUAACACUUUUGGGGGUGCAGGAGAGAUGGCUCAGUAGGUAAAGUACUUGCUGAGCAAGUCAUGAGGACUUGGGUUUGGGCUUCCAGAACACACUUUAAAUACCAAAUCAGUGGUACAUGUCUGUAAUCCCCGGGGUUGGGAAUAGAGACUGGGGGAAUCAUGGCACUUAGUGGCCAGAGAGCGUGGCCAAUGAAUUAGGUCCACGUUCAGUGAGAGACCCUGUCUCAAAAAAUAAGUUGGAAGCCACGGAGGAAGAUGCCUCAUGCUGAACUCUGACCCCCUCCCAAUGCACAUGUGCACGCACGCAUGCACAUGUGUGCACGUGUAUACACACACACACACACACACACUUUCUUGGUAGCUGAAUUUGGGUUGCUUGGGGGAGGAUGAGAAGAAGCUAUGUGCAAAUGCGGGCUUCCUGGAGAACCUUCCAGGGACCUGUUGGGGAGAUGGCUAUAAGCUGGUGGGAGGGCAGGGGUCCCAGAAGGAUGGGGGGGGCUUCCUUGUCUGAGUCUGUGUUGAUUCAUUUGAGGGAGAGAUGUCCUCCGCCGGCCUGGUGGGGCA